AUGAUUCUCAUGGUCAGCAUAAGAAUCGAUUCCUUCAAAUCUCACUCUGAUAUCAAUUGUAUACAGUUCCAUCCCAAUUCAAAUUAUGUAGCAACAGGAUCUAGUGAUCGUCGUGUUUGUUUAUGGGACUGUAUAACAGGAAAUCACGUUCGUUUAAUGACUGGUCAUAAAUCACCAAUACAUACAUUAGCAUUUAGCAUGUGUGGGAGAUUUUUAGCGUCAAGUGGAACGGACUGCAGAGUUAUUAUUUGGGAUUUAUCACACGGGCAUCUCAUAGCUCAAUUAAUUGGUCACGAAAAAACAGUUCAUUGUCUUGCAUUUAGCAGAUGUGGAAAUAUCUUGAUAUCUGCUGGUUUGGAUUGUUCGUUGAACAUAUGGGAUUUUACGAAACUAACAGAAGACACUAAUUCUGAAGAAGUUAACGUCUCACAUAAUCCAGAUGUUAAAACUGGAAAUGAUUAUUUGCUCAGAAGUUUUACAACUAAAAAUUCACCAAUAAUUGGUUUACACUUUAGUAGAAGAAACUUAUUGCUUGCAGUUGCAUUAUAUGAUGGUAUUAGUACUUAAUGUUGAUGUAAUAAAUUAGACACUUUUCACGCAUUA